AUCGCUGUACAACACGAGCGUCCGUCCCUCCCAGCCAACCGCCCAUUUCGAGAUUGAGAUGCCAUCGCGACCCUCGGGUCCUCCGCUCGUUCCCCUCGCACGCUACACGCUCGGCCCGACGCGCCAGCAACAGCUUGCCGCCGCCGCCGCCACCGCUCCUCCAGGGAUGCCAUCGACGCCGCGAAUGUCGGCCGCCCCCUCCCACCACCGCCCCUCGCUAUCCCCACCGACGCGCGGCCCGUGAUGGCCUCGCCGGGAUCCAGGCGCCUCAGCGAGGCCACCGCCGCCGAGGUGGACGCCCUGCCCAGCGCUCCGGGGGGGCGACGGCGUCUCUCCGCUGCCGCCGCCGACCUCGCCGCGUCGACGGGCUGCUCCAUGCUCGUGCGCGUCCCGACCGCCGAGAAGGGAGGCUUCCGCGCCAGCAUCGGCCUGGCGGGCAUCGCGAGACGAACGCUGGGUAUCUGCCUGCUCUUGGUUACUGUGUUUCUGUGGACUUUGUCGAAUUUCCUGGCCAGCGUACGUGGCUCCCUUUUUGGCGGCCCGGCCCGGGUCGGGUGCAUUGCCGGACCUCGCUGACCUGGGGGCAUGACAGUUUAUAUUCUCCGACCACACCUACGACAAACCGUUUUUCCUCGUCUACGUCAACACGUCCAUUUUCGCCGUGUCCUUGAUUCCAAUGUUUAUAAAGUACAUGCUCCAUCAUGGCGUACGUGGUUUCCGGCACGAUGCGGUGCACAUGUGGCACAGCUAUAGAAACAAGACAUCACAACACACCAAGCUGCCGACCGACGAUGUCGUCGACGACGGUGACGAGGAUGACGAGAAUACCAUCGGCGAGCGGCUGCUGGUGGAUGAUGAGGGGGGCCUGGAGCCCGCCCGGCAGCAGGACGAGAAGCUGGGCUUCCAAGAGACGGCGGUGCUGAGCCUGGAGUUUUGCAUGCUGUGGUUCCUGGCAAACUACUUUGCGUCUGCGUGUCUCGAGUACACGAGCGUCGCGAGCGUCACCAUUCUGACGUCGACGAGCAGCGUCUGGACGCUCAUCUUCUGCGCGCUGUUCCGGGUGGAGUCCUUCUCCAUUCGCAAACUCGUCGGCGUCAUGGCGUCGCUCGUCGGCAUCGUCCUCAUCUCGACGGUGGAUCUGACCGGGGGCAGCGACGAGAACAGGGGGUCAUUCCCGCACAAGACACCUGGUCAGAUCGCCAUUGGCGACUCGAUGGCGUUUCUCAGCGCCGUCAUUUACGGCAUGUAUGUGACAGUGAUGAAGCGGCGCGUGGGCAACGAGGACAAGGUGGACAUGCAGCUGUUCUUUGGCCUGGUCGGCGUCUUCAACCUGGCCUUUCUGUGGCCGCUCUUCUUUGUCCUACACUGGACGGGCCUCGAGCCGGUAUGUUGGCCCGCCCGCGCCCCGCGUUGCACGCGCCGGUCUUGCCCGAGCGGGUUGUUGCUGACUCGCUGCCAGUUUGAGAUGCCGCCGACCGGCCAGGUGUGGGUCAUCAUCAUUGUCAACUCUCUGUCGUCCUUUAUUAGCGACAUCUCGUGGGCGUUUGCGAUGCUGCUGACGACGCCCCUCGUGGUGACGGUGGGCCUGUCGCUGACGAUACCCCUGUCCCUGGUGGGCGAGAUGAUUCAGUACGGCCAAUACUCGAGCUUUGUGUACUGGAUCGGCGCGGCCGUCGUGUUCGUGUCGUUUGUAUUUGUCAACAAGGAGAGCCACGAGGACGGCGAAGGCGAGCGGCCCGCGGGCGAGGGGAGGCAGGCGUCGGCCGCCGUGGUAUAGAUGACGGGUCGCUUGCACCUGGGCGCUUUGGAUAGCUGCUGACAUGUGGCGUUUGGGGGGGUGCGACCGGCUUUGUGGUGGCCCGAUAUACAGCGGGAUCGGGGAUCAAGCCAUUUGCACGGCGUCUUGUCUCGCCAUAAUGACUACUUUGAUUGGAUUGAAUACGCGGGCGAGGAAGCCGCCUCUCUCGUGACAUGACACGGCGGCGACACGAGAAGCAUUGUCGGAUGGAAGAGGCCGCAGCGGCUGAAGAGCUGUUGGUUCUGAUGGAUGAGGCCGCUCCUACCGCCCCUGUGAUGUCUGUGACACCCGAAGAAGUGCCCAGUCCCGAACGAACAACCUCGAAUGCGCCCGGCGUUGACGUUUUGUUUCAACUCAGCUGGGCAUCGUUGGUCUGACGGCGGCUGUCGUCGUCAUCUCUGGACGCCCAGGCAGCCAACCAGCCAGGGGGUUGUUACAAGGGUUACUUGGUAGUCGGUUGGCUGUUGGUCGUACGACAACGACGACGACGACGACGACGACGACAACAACAAGAAGGAGGGGAUCUCCAGACAACACGCAACGAAACGACGUCACUUUUCGCGCGCUGCAUGUCAACGUCAACGGGCGACGGCUGCACUUACUGUACGCAGCAAGUGAUUUGCCCAUGCAUGCACGCAUGCGGCUCAUGCAGAUUUGGCAGACAUGUCCCAUGCCAGGUCAUGUCAUGUCAGUCCCGCCAGCCACACGUGUUGCUUCUCCCCAUGCUAUGCUCAUGCCCAUCCCCAUCAUCCAUUCAUCCAC